CUUCGAUAUAGGACCUCGGUCUGCUCCCAGAAAGGCAUAAAAGAAAACCUUGAACUCGGAGCCGUGUCGUUUGCUUAAUCGGCGGCGUGAAGCGCCUCCAUUCCCCGCCUCACUUACCCUCACUUACUCACUUCAUUCACCGCUCAGCCACUCUGCUGCUCCCUUCUAUGUUCGCUAGCCACCAUUAGACACGCCCUGCAGUUUCCCUACUACUCUCCUCUGUUUCACUGGAAAAGCAAAGAAUCCCCUGUAUCAAGGAAAUUAUAGUACAUUCUCUUUACACAAACUAAAUAAUAGGGUGGAUAAGCUGUAAGGUCUCUCAGUAAGGCUUCAGAUAUGCUGAUGACACAAUUUCCUUGGCUUUCCUAAUACCUAGACUGCUGUUUUUUUAGGUUGACCCAACCUCUUGCAAGAAUUCCUUGCUACACCACUAACAGGUUGCUUGAUUUGAAGUGAUAAGCUUGCUGGGUGUAAUGGAGAUUGAUUUUUCUGAAGAACAGCAAGUGCCAUCUGCUCUGAUAACUGGGAUGGCUUUUGGUGUUUUAACUGAGGCAGAAACGGAAAAACUUUCAGUUCUAAAUAUUGAUGCUGUAAGUGAGGUCACUGAUCCUAAGCUAGGACUUCCAAAUCCAUCUUCGCAGUGCUCCACAUGUGGCUCUAGGGAUUUAAAGUCGUGUGAAGGUCAUUUUGGUGUUAUUAAUUUUCCAUACACUAUAGUACAUCCAUACUUUUUGUCUGAAGUUGUACAGAUUCUGAAUAAAAUUUGCCCAGGAUGUAAAUCUAUUCGAUUGGCCAAGGCGACAGAGUUGAUAACUAAAGAAAAUCCACAGAGAAAGGGCUGCAAAUAUUGUGCUGGAAACUCACUAGGUUGGUAUCCACCAAUGAAAUUCAAAGUCUCCUCCAAAGAAAUUUUCAGAAAAACAGCAAUUAUAGCAGAGAUCAGGGAAACAUUGUCAAAAAAACCCCAGAAAGGAUUCAAGAAAAUUCUGGCUGCUGACUAUUGGGAUAUUUUUCCAAAAGAUGAACAAGAAGAAGAGGAAGAAACCAAUGCAAAACCAAACAGAAGAGUUCUAUCACAUUCACAGGUUCGACAUAUGUUGAAAGAUGUUGAUCCAAAUUUCAUAAAACUGUCUAUUUUGAAGACAGAUACAAUUUUCCUCAAUUGUUUCCCAGUAACACCAAAUUCUCAUCGUGUGACAGAAGUUACACAUGCAUUUUCUAAUGGGCAGCGAUUGAUCUUUGAUGAACGGACUAGGGCUUACAAAAAAAUGGUUGAUUUCCGAGGGGUAGCAAAUACGUUGAGUUUUCACGUCAUGGACUGUCUGAAAACUUCUAAACUAAACCCAGACAAGUCAGGAAAUAUUGAUCCUUGGACUGCUCAACCUAAGAAAAGCAACGAUUAUGUUAACAACGCAUCUGGUUUGAGAUGGAUCAAGGAUGUCGUUCUAGGUAAACGGAAUGAUCAUUCAUUCCGUAUGGUGAUUGUAGGGGAUCCUCAUCUCCAGCUGCACGAAAUUGGCAUACCUUGUCAUAUUGCUGAGAGGUUGCAAAUUUCAGAAUCUCUCACAGCUUGGAAUUGGGAGAAGUUGAAUGCUUGUUUUGAGAAAAGCCGUUUUGAGAAGGGUGACAUGCAUGUUCGCAGAGAAGGGAAUCUGGUUCGUGUUCGUCACAUGAAAGAACUUCGUCUUGGCGACAUCAUUUAUAGACCUCUUAAUGAUGGAGAUACGGUCUUGAUCAAUAGGCCCCCAUCCAUACAUCAACACUCCCUCAUUGCUCUCUCUGUUAAAGUCCUUCCAGUGCCUUCGGUUCUUGCAAUUAAUCCCCUCUGUUGUCCCCCAUUCCGUGCUGAUUUCGAUGGUGAUUGUCUGCACGGCUAUGUUCCUCAAUCGGUCGACACCAGAGUUGAGCUAACUGAGCUUGUUUCCUUGGAUAAGCAGUUAACUAAUUGGCAGAGUGGCAGGAAUCUUCUUUCUCUUAGUCAAGAUAGUUUAACUGCUGCUCACUUGGUUUUGGAGGAUGAUGUUUUCUUAAGUUCUUUUGAGUUGCAGCAACUGCAAAUGUUUCGACCUGAGCGGUUCCUGUUGCCAGCAGUUAAAGCUCCUUCAGCUAAUGCUCUUGUUUGGACUGGAAAGCAGUUGAUCAGCAUGCUCCUACCUGUAGGAUUUGAUCAUGAUUUUCCAUCAUGCAAUGUUUGCAUUCGAGAUGGUGAUCUUGUUUCUUCUGAAGGGUCCUUUUGGCUUUGGGACACUGAUGGUAACCUAUUCCAAAGCCUUGUGAAACAUUGCCAUGGUCAGGUUCUUGAUUUCUUGUAUGCAGCUCAGAGAGUUCUUUGUGAAUGGUUAUCAAUGAGGGGCUUGAGUGUUUCUCUUUCUGAUCUGUACCUCUGUCCUGAUUCUAACUCACGGAAAAACAUGAUGGAUGAAAUUUGGUAUGGAUUGCAAGAUGCUGACUAUGCAUGCAACUUGAAACAUUUGAUGGUAGAUUCCUGUCGGGAUUUCCUCACUGGAAAUAAUGAAGAGGAUCAGUGCAAUGUUGAACGAUUGCGUUUCCUUUCUGGAUGCAGUGAAGAGGAUUAUUGUGUUAUGGCCUUUGAUGGAGAGCGCUUGUGUUAUGAGAAACAAAGAUCUGCUGCUCUCAGUCAAUCUUCUGUUGAUGCUUUCAGGCUAGUGUUUCGGGAUAUUCAAAGUUUAGUAUACAAAUAUGCUAGUCAGGACAACUCAUUUCUGGCUAUGUUUAAGGCAGGAAGCAAGGGUAAUCUACUGAAAUUAGUGCAGCAUAGCAUGUGUCUAGGCUUGCAACAUGCACUGGCUUCAUUGUCCUUCAGAAUACCUCAUCAACUCUCAUGUGCUGGUUGGAAUAAGCAAAAGGCUGAUGAUGCUACUGAAUCUGCCAAGCGCUACAUCCCACAUGCUGUUGUUGAAGGUUCUUUUCUAUCUGGCUUGAAUCCUAUUGAGUGUUUUGUUCAUUCAGUAACAAGCCGAGAUAGCUCUUUCAGUGACAAUGCUGAUCUUCCUGGGACUUUGUUUCGAAGGAUGAUGUUCUUCAUGCGUGAUUUGCAUGGUGCAUAUGAUGGAACAGUUAGAAAUGCAUACGGAAAUCAGCUUGUUCAAUUCUCUUACAAUAUUGAUGACAUGGAUCCAUCUGGUAGUGUUGAUGAGAUCAAUAACAGUGAUGGGAUAGCUGGUCGGCCAGUGGGUCCAUUGGCUGCAUGUGCCAUCUCUGAAGCUGCAUACAGUGCCCUGGAUCAACCAAUCAGCCUACUUGAAAAAUCACCUCUGCUGAAUCUGAAGAAUGUAUUGGAGUGUGGUCUGAAAAGGAAUAGUGCUCACCAAACUAUGUCACUAUUUUUGUCUGAGAAACUUGGGAGACAGAGGCAUGGUUUCGAGUAUGCAGCAUUAGAAGUCCAGAACCAUUUAGAGAGACUACUCUUUUCAGACAUUGUUUCUUUUGUCAGGAUAAUCUUUUCCCCUCAAAGUGAUGGCAGGAUGCAUUUUAGUCCUUGGGUUUGCCAUUUUCAUGUAUACAAGGAAAUUGUAAAGAAGAGAAGUCUAAAGGUGCACUACAUAAUUGACGCCCUUGAAAAGCAGUGUAAAUCAAAAACUCGUUUUCCUAAAGUGCAAAUAACAAGCAGGUACUGCACUGUAGCUGACACUUGGAAGGAAAAAAAAGAAACAUUUUGCAUAACUGUCACCAUAGUUGAAACUUCCAAGAAUGAAUUCAUAGAAUUGGAGACAAUUCAAGAUCUAAUGAUUCCAUUCCUUCUUGAAACAGUUAUAAAAGGAUUCAUGGAGAUACAAAAGGUUGACAUUUUGUGGAAUGAUAAGCCCAAGAUACCAAAAUCUCAUAAUCGUCUCCGUGGUGAGCUCUUCUUGAGGGUUCACAUGUCAAGAGGAUCUGACAAAACAAGACUCUGGAACCAACUUAUGGAUGACUGUCUCUCAAUAAUGGAUCUUAUUGACUGGGCUCGUAGUCAUCCAGAUAACAUACAUGAAUGCUGUUUGGCUUAUGGCAUAGAUGCUGGAUGGAAAUUUUUUCUCAAUAAUUUGCAGUCUGCAAUGUCUGAUGUUGGCAAGACAGUACUUCCUGAACAUUUGCUUCUUGUUGCAAAUUGUCUCUCAGUUACUGGGGAGUUUGUUGGCCUAAAUGCAAAAGGCUUGAAACGACAAAGAGAGCAUGCUUCUGUCUCAACGCCUUUUGUGCAAGCAUGCUUUUCUAAUCCUGGUGAUUGCUUUAUCAGGGCUGCUAAGGCUGGAGUGGUGGAUGAUCUCCAGGGAAGCAUAGAUGCUUUGGCAUGGGGAAAGGUUCCUGCCAUUGGGACUGGACAAUUUGAUAUUGUAUACUCUGGAAAGGGUUUAGAGUUUUCAAAGCCUGUUGAUGUGUAUAACCUUCUGGGAAGCCAAAUGAUAUCUACUGAGCAGAAUACUGAGUUUGGAGUACUGGAUGCUCAAAUCUAUAAAUCUGAUAAAUGUGGAGCUCAGUUUCUGCACAAGUUUGGUGGUUGUGGCCCUAAAGGAUUUAAAGUAAAGGAGGGUAUACCAAGAUCAUUCUUACGACGUCUUCUUACAUAUGAUGACAUUCAACGGAUGUCCUAUACAGUGAGAAAAAUCUUGAAUAAGUACUCUGUAGACCAACAAUUAAAUGAGAGUGACAAGUCUGUUUUGAUGAUGACUUUAUAUUUCCAUCCUCGAAGAGAUGAGAAGAUUGGAAUUGGAGCCAAAGACAUCAAGGUUAUAAACCACCCAGAAUAUCAAGAUACACGCUGCUUUUCACUGGUUAGAACAGAUGGGACGAUAGAGGACUUCUCAUAUCGCAAAUGUCUCCAUAACGCUCUUGAGAUCAUUGCUCCUCAAAGGGCCAAAAGGUAUUGUGAAAAAUAUUUGACAUCUAAGGUCUCUGCAACAGACAACAGUGGGUGUACUGACUUGCCUUUGGAUAACUAACAUAGUUCAGCUACGGACAAAGGCAGCAGUUCAUCAACUGGUUGUAGUAUUUGCAUCUUUUGAAAGUUGUACAUUUUCUAUAAAAGUAGAAUUUUCUGCAGGAUAAGAUAGCUAGAUGAACAAGGAGGAGUCUUCUUCUUGACAGAACAAGUCCUCCUCCUCCUCCUCUUCUUUUCUUGUAGUAUUGUCCUUAAAUGGAGGGCAGUCCAUUUCCCGAGCUUCUCUUUGCUCCUUCCACUCUGACUCUUUUGCCUUAAAUUUUAUGACGGCAAUGGAGAUUUAGUGGAAGCAGCAACGAAAAGCUUGCGUGGAGCAUUCAUUUAUGUGAUGUAUUCAUAAAUUCAUGUGGGGAUGAAAAAAUAAGAACUUUUUCUUAGUGUUUUUACUUUUGGGGGAUUUUAAUAUGCCUUGAUCUGGGAAUCUUUUCUAUUUCUAACCUACAUGAACAAUGCUUAAAGCUUCAUAUCAUCAAAGGGUGUUUGGCUUCGAGAGUAGCAGUAGCGUUAGUGAUGUAAUCUCGGUGAAGAUUUUAUUAGAAUGGCAAAGCCUUUUUUGUUUUUCUCCUUA